AAGGGCGGCCGUGAAAACUCCAUCCCCCACAAGAAACUAAAAAUUUGAUGUUCUUCAAAGGGACCCCCUUUUCCGUUUCACGUUCUUUAACGGCUCAUUAUUCGAUGAAUCCUGCCUCACAAACCCUAGAUUUCGUAAUGCGCUUCAUAAUAUCUCGCCUUUGAUUUGGAAGUUCGAAGCUUCUACUGCUGAGUUUCUUUUGCGAACGAUUGUUGCAAAGGGAGACACUAGACAAAGAGAUUCAAGUUUGAUUCGAAUCAUUGACUAACUUUGGACCUGUUCUUGCUUGCUUUAAGGUCUUCUGAAUUUUAGAUGCUUUAAGUUAUGGCUAGACGACAUGGCUGGGAACUUCCUGCUCAUACAUUUCAGGUUGUGGCCAUAACAGUAUUUUUCUUGCUAUCUGUUGCAUUUUAUGCAUUUUUUGCUCCAUUUAUUGGAAAGGACAUCUACGAGUAUAUUGCUAUUGGUGUAUAUUCCUUCCUGGCACUUUCUGUAUUUGUACUAUACGUUAGAUGCACAGGCAUAGACCCUGCCGAUCCUGGAAUACUGAUCGAACCUGACAGAUUACAAAAUGAUACUGAGUUACCUGGAAAUGCAUCCUCCGUCGUAGAAGCUAACAAGAUUGAACACAAUAAUGGAGAAAGGACUUAUAGGCAUGCCACAAGUUGUUGUGCAAAAGUUGGAGGCUUUUUAUGUGGUUGUGUGGUUGUCAGUGAUUGCCGAAAUAAUGAGGAAUUUAUGAGGCAGCAUUCUGGGGAAGAAGAUGCUUUGUAUUGCACAUUGUGCAAUGCCGAGGUUCUCAAGUUCAGCAAACACUGCAGAAGCUGUGAUAAAUGUGUUGAUGGAUUUGAUCAUCAUUGCAGGUGGCUAAAUAAUUGUGUAGGAAGGAGGAACUAUAUUUCGUUCGUCUGCCUAAUGGCUGUGAGCCUUGUCUGGCUCACUUUUGAAUGUGGGGUUGGGAUUGCUGUGCUCGUUAGAUGCUUUUCAGAUGCAAAGGCAACAGAAAAGCAGAUUACAGAUAGGCUUGGAGAUGGAUUCUCUAGACCCCCAUUUGCAACCGUUGUGGCUCUUUGUACGGCUGUCUCUUUUCUUGCCACUGUGCCCCUGGGGGAGCUAUUCUUUUUCCACGUUAUUCUGAUUAGAAAGGGAAUCACUACCUACGAGUAUGUUGUUGCCAUGAGGAUACAAAGCGAGCCUCCUGGACAGUCUAUUGAUGGAGAACAACUUAGUUUACCAUCUUCUCCCACUGGUUCUGUCGUAACUGCAACUAGUGGAAGAAGCUCUCUGGGAGUUGGCCUGCAGUAUAAAGGGGUGGCUUGGUGUACCCCUCCAAGAAUACAGCAGGAUGAAAUCGUUCACCAGUUGGAGCCAGGACGAUUGCCAUCCACAUCGGAUCCAGAUACAGUUCUUCAGCUGCCUGAUAAGGGCCAGGGCCGGAAACAACCAAAACGCCCCGUCCGUAUCAGUGCAUGGCAGCUCGCGAAGCUGGAUUCAAAAGAAGCGAUCAAAGCAGGUGCCAACGCAAGAGCUUCAUCAUCAGUUCUUCGCCCAGUAAAUCCUCCUCUAAGAAAUCAUCAUCAACCUUACGACAGCGAUCAACUAUCAAGCAGCAAUGUUAGCGGAAGAAGCAGUCCUGUUAGCAUCAACAACCCACCAGCAAAUGACAGAAACUCCAGAUCCGGACCAUCAAGGGCCUUUUCAACCAAAAGCUCUUACCCUCCUAGCCGUGCCAGCAGAGAAGAUUCUGAAUCAUGUGCUCACAGCCUGAGCAACAUCAGCGGUGGUAAUCAGUCUCCUUGGUCUGUCAGGGCAAGCGACGGUAUCCAAACCGACGUCAUCGACAGUCUGACGCGCAUACCCACAAGAAGGAACAACACCACCAUCAACAACCUGGGUCCUGCAGAAAACUCGAGGUCAUCUGUUUUCUGGGACCAAGAAGCCGGUAGGUUUGUGUCUGCAGCCACUAGAAGUGUGGGUUCAUCUUCUUCCAAUGCUCCCGGGGCUGAGCUGUUGUACACAGGUCAGUCGAUCUUCUUCGGUGGGCCCCUGGUCAACGGACAGUCGAGCCGAGGAGUGGCUAGAAAUAAUGUUUCUGGUGCGGCGGGGAGAGGUCAGACGUCUGGUAGUUAUUACCAGCAUAUGGGGAGAACACAAAGAGGCGGGCAGCUGCCCGUGUUUGUACCCAGUGAUUCCAACCAACCACAUUCUUCUUCUAAACUUCCUUGACAAUUUCACUUUUCCACAAAUGUUUUUUUUUCCUUAUUUUUCUAAUGUUAACAGAAUUAUCGCUUAACGAUAAACCUACUGAUUUUAGCAUUUUUAAGGGGUUUUAUUGUGAGAUUUAAUUUAGGCUUU